CUCCCCUUAGUUGUGUUGCCUCAAAAAUGGCGAUUGUCAGUAAAACAAUAACACUGGAAAUAUUACAAAUGAAAACUGUUGUCCUCUGACCAUAGAAAGCAUCAAAGAUGAAGCCUAGUUCAUCAGAAUAUAUUGGCCAUUAUGUCAGAGCAGUUUAUGACUUUGAAACUCAACACCCAAAGGAAAUAAACUUAAAGAAAGGGGACAUAAUCAAAGUUACGAAAAUCAUUGACGGUAACUGGUUACAUGGAAUAAAUAGAAAUGUAGAGGGGAAUUUCCCCAGUAGUUUUGUAGAGAAGAUCUCCAUGCCUGUUGUGACUCCAGGACAAAUGGUAUUUGGUGCUAUUGAGAAUUUCCCAGCUCAACAAGAUGGGGAUUUGGAAUUCAGAAAAGGAAUGGUUAUAGAGGGUACAGAAAGAAUUGAUGAUAACUGGUGGAGGGGUAAAAUUGGAACACAGUCUGGAAUUUUUCCAACCACCCAUGUCAUAGAACUUGAAGUUCCCCAAGCUUUAAGAGAUAGAGCUGCAAGUGUGCAUUCUUCAGAGCCUAUGUUUGCCCAAGCUCUGUGUGACUCGGCAGCUCAAUUAGAUGAAGAAUUAGGCUUUCAUGCAGGGGAUAUUGUCACGGUUACGGAAAUUAUUGAUGACGACUGGUAUUAUGGAGAGCUUGGUGAUAAAAAGGGCAUUUUUUUGUCGUCUUGUGUUGAACUUAUGCAAGAUACAUAUGCAUUGGCUGAGCAUGCUGAGCACAACCAAUCAAAAGAAUCUUUACAAAAUACUAUAGACAAUUCAAAACUAUUAACAAGACAAACUGCUGUUGAUCAGCCAGUUUCUUUAAGUAACCCUGACAAAGUACAAAAGAUUGACAUAAAGGGAGGUAAUGUUGCUGAUGUGAAUGCAAACAUUAGUAACCAAACUGAAAGUUAUUCUGACUUUACCUCUGGACUUGAUGAAUCUUCUGAAUAUAACACACAAUUUUCCUAUACCAAUGAGAAUACAAGGAGUUUGGAAUCUUCUAUCUCACCAUAUGGAAUGACACUUUUUUCUUUUGUCGGAGAGUCACCAAAUGAAUUAUCCUUUAAUGAAAAUGAAAUUGUUUAUCUAAUACAACAUGUGGAUGGGCAGUGGAUCGAAGGACAAAUUGAUGAUAAAAUAGGAAUAUUUCCUGCAAAUUUUGUAUCCAUUGUCGUGGAUUGCCCGUAUGCUUAUGACAUUGAUCAAGAUAUAAAUGAAACAGAAGAAAUUGAAAGUAUCGCAAUGGGUAUUGAAAAUGAAAGCUCUCCUCAAAAUUCUGUUACCAUUGGUGAUGGUUUUAGCCAAAGACUUAAAACUGAGAUUGAAUUGUCUCCCCUUGAACAAUAUGGUCUAGUUUUAUAUGACUUCACAGCAGAAGUUGAUGGCGAUUUAUCAGUGUUUGCUGGAGAAACAUUAGAAAUUGUGAACAAUGUGGAUAGUAAUUGGGUUCAAGCUAAAAAUGACCAUGGGAAAAUUGGCAUGAUUCCAAAACAAUUUUUAGACAUUGUUGAUGAGCCUCAAAAUCUACCGCCAUGUGAUACCAAAAUUAUUUCAAGUAGUGAUAGUGAUUUUAGUUCAAAGAAAUGUGAUUCAAAUAUCUGUGAUAAAUCGGAACCAAAAAGUGUAGAAAUUGAUGCACAAUUAAGUAAACCUAAAAAAAAUGAUGUAGGUCCAAAAAAAGAACCUUUACCUUCAGAGAUUUACAAAAUACCAACUUACACUCCAUGCUCAAAAACUGGAUCUUUUAGAAAGCCUUCUCUUCCCACGAAACCUAAACCAAGUCUUGCCCCAAAGCCUAUUCUUAAACCAAAACCAUUGAGUCCAAAACCUGUAAGUGUUUUAAAAAAUAAAUCUGGUCCGAGCAAAACAGUCAAUAGUGCAACUACAAUAACAACAACAACAGCAAAGGAUGACCAGAGUCUAAAUAAGUCUUCAGUAGAAAGAUUCGUGACAGAAAAUGAAGCUGCUAGUCAAAUUCCAAAAUCUAAGUCAUCGACUGAUGUAUCUAUUUUGAAAAAUGGAACAAAAAAUGAGGAAAAUCGCAUUUCUAUUGACUGUUCAGCAGCUUUUGGCGAAAUUGAUUCAAUCGUGAAUACAGAAAUGGAAAAAGAGAUUAAAAAAUCUUCCAACAUUGAUUUCAAUGAAUCUGGGGAAAACAGAAUUGCCGAAAUAAAAAACAAAAGAACUGUGUCUUUCAGCAAACCAAAUCAUAUUGAAAAUAAGAAGAGGCAUUCUGUUAAUUUUCCGUUAUCUAAUUUUCGUACCAUGGAUUGUGGUAUGAAUAAAAGAAGUAAUAGACAAUCAUUGGCUAUUCCACUAAAGCCGCAAAUUGAACAAAAAAGUACCAAAGUUGGGUAUUCAACAUUUUUCACUGAUUUUUCUUCAGAGGAAAUUUCACCAGUGAAAGCUGUUCCAAUGAGAAAACCACCCCCUCCUCCACAAAAAACAGAAUCAUUUGAUUUCACUAGGAAACCGUCAUUGCGGAAGCCACCACCUCCACGACCUUCAGUCCCUAAAGAUAGACCUCUGUCUCCACCGAGACCUGAAGAAGGGCCUGUACCAACACAGAAAUCUAAAAAGGCAGAGAAAACAAAGAAAAAUCAAGAAAAGAGACCUAGACCACAUAUAACACCAACAAGGCCAGCACCACAGCGCCCAGUGCCUGGACAACCUGCCCGACGACCACCACCCAAACCACCUGUGUCUGAUAAUUUGAUGUCGUUUAGUCCAACAAAAGAAGAGCCUGAUGAUACAAACUUUGAAAUUAUAGAAGAUUUGAAACAAAGAAUAAAAGAAGUGGAAACAGACCUAGAGCGAUACAAGAAGAAUAAAGAAGAGUUAGAAAUUCAGCACACAGAAGAUGGAAACAGUUCAGAAGUUCAUGACAAUAUAGAAUUUUACAUUGCUAACAUUGAGGGGCUAACAAAUGAGUUAGACAGUCUUAAAGAAAAUCUUCACAAAGUUUUACCAAGCUCAGAACUGGAUGAAGUAGCCAGAAAAAUGGCUGAGGAAGAAAAAAAGAAAGAAGAAGAACAGAGAAAAGAAGAAGACAGAAAGAAAGCAGAGGAACAAAAGAUAAAGAGAAGAGAAAAAAGAGAGAAGGUUAUAGACGAGCUGAUACAAACAGAAAGAGAUUUCCUUCAUGGACUACAUCUGUGUAUUGAGACUUUUGUUAGUCCAACAGCAGACAAGUGCCCUGAUGUAGAUGUAGAAGCAGUAUUUGGUAACAUAGAAGAUGUGGCUGACGUCUCACAAAGACUCCUCACUUUGUUAGAGGAUGCUGUUAAUGGAAAGGAUUUUGAAGAUCAGUUAUUAGGAUCUUGUUUUAUCAAACUUAGUGAAGAUAUGAAGAAUGCUUAUGCCCCCUAUUGUAGAAAUCAUGAUGAAGUUAUAUCUAUUCUUGAAAAGUACAGAGAUGAGCCUUCAAUCAAGCAGUAUUUUACUGGAAAGUUGAAUGAAUUACGAGAACAAAUUGUUGUAUUUGACCUUGAAGCUUUACUAAUCAAACCUGUACAGAGAAUUCUCAAAUACCCUCUGUUGCUCAAUGAGCUGAUUAAGAGUACAGAAGACAGCCAUGAAGACAAGUUGGAGGUUUUGAACGGUAUUAACGCCAUGACAGAUGUGGCUGCCGCCAUUAAUGAAUACAAACGUAGAAAAGAUCUGGUUUUCAAAUAUAAGAGGGAAACAGACCAAUCACUUGGUGAUAUGUUGGGCAAGCUUACUUUACACACUUUGAAAAAGAAAGGAAGUCGGUUUAAAGGGAGACUAUCCACUAAUCUUGGAAUUUCUCCACAGACCAAAGAUGAAGAUUUUGACAAGGAGGAAAUAAAGUUUAGAGAAAUGGAGAAAACUGUCAAAAUAUUUACAAAGGACGUACAGACUUACAUGGAUAGUUUACAGGAAUCAUAUAGCAGUCAUGAAGGGUUAGUGAUAGACUUGGUAGAUUUCUAUGACGAGAAACCCUGUCCUGAUGUCACAAAAUACCAGAGGCUCUUCAAAAUUAUUCAGGAUAAAUACCUUCCAGAGUUUACUUGCACAGUAGCUGAAAUUGUUGUUGUACCCCUCAGCAAACUAAUGGUAUUCUUUAAUGGUCCAAAUAAAGUGAUACAAAAAAGAUAUGAUAAACUUUUAGAUUACGAUUCUAUGCAGAGGAAAGAGGAAAAGGGAUCUGAGAAAUCUCUGCAGGCAGCCAAGAUUACCUAUGAAGCUUUAAAUGCACAGCUCCUGGAUGAACUGCCAAAGAUGUACAGUCUGUCAUUUAAACUGCUGAAGGAUUGUAUCAGUACAUUUAUCAGGGCUCAGAGACAAUUUAAUACCAGUAUAAUGGACAGUAUGACAGAAAUCAUAGAUAUGCCGCUGCUAUUACAAACAGAAGGUACUGUUGUUGACAGCUUUAACAUCCACCAUGUGGCCAUGAUAGACAAAAUGUCUUUACUACGCAUAAUACCAAAAGGCUUUAAUCCUAAGAUGGAAACAUUAGGGAAACCAGUGGUAGGAAAAGCGACAGACAAGAAAUCCAAACGGAUGUCAAUGGACACUUCUUCUCUACUGCCUUCACCUGUUCCAAGUACUGCACAAAGUGAUAGUCAACGAGUGUUUGUACAACAGAAGUACCCAGCAGACAAACUGUACCAUGUGACUUCCACCUACACAGCCACUGACUUAAUGGAUCUUUCUGUAGCGGAGGGAGAUUCUGUGGGCUUGAUCAUGGAUAAAGAUCCAAUGGGAAAUAAAGAUCGAUGGUUUAUUGAUAAUGGUGCUGCAAAAGGUUUUGUUCCUAAAACAUUAUUAAAACUUCAUAGCCAGGCAACCACAUCUUCAUCUCAGAGCUUAUACCCAUCCAUGGAUCAGACUCCUGUGUUGGCAGCAGAUGAAACAAGCAAUGUGAUUGAUCAGAAAUCUGAAUUGUCUUCUCCACAUGUUUCUGUAUCAGACUAUUCCAUUGAACAAAAUUUAUCCAAUCAAAAUGAAGAGGAUGAUGAGUUAGAUUUUGCUUUAGAUGAAGAUAUGAGUCCAAAUAUAUCAUCAGAAGAGUUUUACUAUGCAGCAUUCCCGUUUGAAGCUAGAAAUGGCAAUGAAAUAUCUAUGUUUGAAGGCCAGGUGGUUACAGUAUUGAUUAAACAUGACCAAGAAAAUAAUAUUGAAUGGUGGUAUGUGGAUGCUGAUGGAGUCAAAGGUUAUGCACCUGCCAAUUAUCUUCAGCCAAUGAAAUGAAAGAAUAAAUCACAUUUUGUAUAGCAGAAUGUAAUCUCUACCCAAUGAAAUGAUAGCAGAUUUCAGAUUUAGCCAAUGGAAAGACAGAAGAUUGAAGACUUAGCCAAAGAAUGCCAGAAAAUUUAAAAAUUUAGCCAAUGAAAUGCCAGAGAAAAUAAGAUUAAGCCAAUGAACUUCAGUCGAAAUGAGGCUAAGUAGCAUCAUCUCAUUUGAUGUCAUUCAAAUGUUGCAAAUACUUUAAAUUCAUACAAACAUAGCAAAUAAGUAAAUGUGAUAUCUAUGUUGUUGUCACGUGUCAGAGAAAAGAGAGUGAAGUUGAAAAAAACAUUUGUGUUCACUGUUAAAAUAGUAAAAGUAAUGUUUGUUAUGUGUUUGUGUCUUCCAAAUAUAUGUAUUGAUAAAUGGCUGUGAUUGUUUGAAUUUUUAUUGUAUAUGAAAAGGAAUAUAACUUUGACUAGCUUAAAAAACCAAUACAGAACAACUAGUGCUUUAAAGUCAUAUAAUACUUGCAAAUUUUAAUAGCAGCUUUCUUCUGUACAUUUUUUGUGUGUAUAUUUUGAAUUUGCAUUUAUAAAUUUUUUUUGAUACUGGUAUAAACAUUAAUUAAGGAAAGGGCUUGUUUGUUAAGACAUUGUUGUCUCAUGCCGAAUUUGAAAAAGUCCCAAUUUUGUUGUUUAUUGUAGCAUAUUUUGGCAUAUUGUUUUUAUGCCUUUGCAUUGAAAACAUUUACAGGAAAUUGAAAGUACUUAUUCUAAACCCCAAUAAUGCAAAUUGAUAAAAUCAGGACAUAUAUGUAUUCUGCUUAGCUGUCACACCAUUAAAAAGAAUCCUUUCUUGCCUUGUAAUAUUUUUUCGUUAAUGAUGCUGCUUUCAUAAGCUUCCCAUGACAUUUUGCCUUUCAAUGAGAUUACUUAUAAACUGUGAUGUUCAUGCAAUUAGCAACUUAUAAAUACAUCUCCCAUUGUGCCAUGCGUCACAUAGGGCGUGAAGUGUAGUUUAGUAAGUUAUUUUUCUAUGUAGGGUUUUGUUUUGCAUAAUAUUUGAAAUGGAUUUUUGUUCACUGGUAUAUGAUGAGUCCAAAUAUAAGAUUUAAAUUAUUUGUUUAUCAACUAAUACAAAAAAUAUGUAUUAUUUACGGAUCGUUAAGGUUUAUAUGUAUAUAUAUUAUAUAUAUCAGACCUUCAUAACUUGAAUGUUAAUGUAUGUGCCCAUUUUAUACCCUUAUCAAUCAUGUAAUUUAUUGUUUUACUCCAAGUCUAACUGAUGUGAAAAAAUGUAUGAUUGUGAAAGAUCUUCAUCAAAAGUUUUUUUCUUCUUUUUUUAUGUAAAUUGUUGUUAAAAUUUGAAAAUUGUGUGCGUAUUAUGAUGGGGUUGAUGGCAAAGCUUAAAAAGUCAUGCCAGAACCUAAUGGGUAUUCAAGGCUGUAAAACACCCCAUAGAAGUGGUACUUAGGCAACAUUUCUGCCUUCUUGCAUCACAAUUGUUCUUGGCCAUGUUGAACUUCCACCUGUUUAAAAGUCUUGACAUAAGUUGCCUAACCUUGCCCAAAUUCUUUAACAUGUUUAACCAGGGAUUAGUUUUGUACCUGCUAUUUAGAUUUUUUAUCAGAGUGAUUUUUUGUGGGUUUCCCCACACUUUAAAGUUUUAUGUAGCUGGUUCUGCUUUUAUUAUUUGCAGCUGGGAGGUGACACACAAGUACAUCUUCAAUGAAAAGACAUUUUUGUUGAUUGCUUUUUUUUAACCAAAAAUACCAUAUUAAUGCAACUCCCACACAUGUUAAACAUAGAAUAUCUUUUGCAAGAUAAUGUAAUUGUAGAUUUAAUACUUUCACAGUUUAUUACAUUAAUCGAACAUCAAUGUAGUGCAUCUAUUUAUCUAUUUAUAUUAAAAUUUGUAUUUGUAGUAUUUAUCCCAUGUACUUUGUUUUCAAGAUUAUCAUUCCAUUCCCUAUUGUUUAAUUAUAUUAACUGAUAUAAAUUUGAUUUUCUUAUAAACAUUCCAAAAAACAUUUAAGUUUUACUGAUUUUUGUUUCACCUUGACUGAGUCAAAAAGCUAUAUACAUUAAGGUUUGCUGUUUCAGAUUUAAACGGCAUUGAAUUCAAGAAUGUAUUAGUUUGGGAUUAGGUCAGUUUAUUUGAAAUAAAUAGUUAUAUCAAUGAUUAAUGCACUUAUAUUAGCAUCUAAUUUUAAUGGAGAUUAUUUGGCCCUGCGCUCAGCCAUGGUCUAUUGACUUUUAAACUUUUGCUUACUUUUUAUGUAUUAGUUUGUAAUAAGGUUCAGUCAAAGAGAACAUUUGUAGUAGGUCAAUGAUAUUUGGUAUGCAGAGAUUUUAUAUCACCAGCCCAGUAGUCAGCACUUUUUGUGCUGACAUGAAUUAUCAUUGAUAUGGUUAUAUUUAUAAAUUAACUGUUUACAAAAUUUUGAAUUUUUCAAAUACUAAGGCUUUUCUACCUCAGGCAUAGAUUACCUUAGCUGGAUUUGGCAAAACUUUUAGGAAUUACGGUCCUCAAUGCUCUUCAACUUCGUACUUUAUUUGGCCUUUUUAACUUUUUUUGGAUUCGGGCGUCACUGAUGAGUCUUUUGUAGACCAAACGCGCGUCUGGCGUAUAUAAAAAAAUUAGUCCUGGUAUCUAUGAUGAGUUUAUGCAUAAGCAUUGACAUACCUCAUAGAUAAUUGAACCCUCAGUCAAUGGUCUGAUGACUUUGAAUGCUCUGCAUAGUUUACAUGUUAAAGUUUGUAUUAGAACAGGGUAAAUUGGAUAAGAUCAGAAUUUCAAUGAAUAAAAAAAGAUGUCUGCUGUUGAAAUAAAUCAUGUUUCUUAUAUUGAUUCAUAUACCUAACUCUAUUAUUUUAUCAUUAAAGUUUAACAUGGUGAGUUAAUAUACAUAAUAAGAGGAAAAGUGCAAUAUCCAUGUUUCAUGUAGCUUUGUUUAAGUAUAGGUAAUGUCUUUGUUUUUAUUUGUUAUAUUAUUGCACAUAAUUGAAUAUUUUUAUGAUUUGUAUUUUGUGUUUUGAGCAUUUACUAUGUUUUUAAGAAUACACCGUCAUUAGAAUAACACUGGAAAAGGCCAUGAGUAUAGGGUUUUUCAUUUUCUUCUUCCGUAAAUGUUUAUCAUUUUUUAAAGAUCAGUUAAAUAUAACAUCUUUUGGACCCAGUUGGAUAAUGUCUCACCUUCAAUCAUACCAUAUAUUUAUUUAUAUUGAAACCAAUGUUAACUUGGUCCACCGAGGACUGUGAUAAAAUUGUGAAAAUAUCUCCUCUAGUUAAUUUGAUCUUAAAUGAAAAUCAGAGAAAAAACAUGAAAAUUAAUCACAUGGUAGGGUUUGUCCUAGAAAUGAGGAAACAAAAACUCAC